AUUUAGCCAAGUUCCCAAACGUAACUUUGGUUUGGUCAUUAACAAAACCCUAGCAAGCUCUUAAACCCCCAAUUCAUCGCUUUGGUUGGUUGCAGAAUCGUGCCUGCAUCCUCAACAAUCCAUCUCUUUGUAUUCUGCAAACCCUAGCUAGAUAUGGUGUGGUUUCAAUGUGAGGAUUGUGGAGACAACCUUAAGAAACCUAAAUUACCCAGUCAUUUCAGGAUUUGCUGUGCUACCAAGUUGUCUUGUAUUGAUUGCGGAAAGGUAUUCGGGCAGGAAAGUGUUCUAGGCCAUACGCAAUGCAUGACCGAGAUGGAAAAGUAUGGCCCUAAGGGCGGCCAAGGACAAGGGAAAGGAGCGAAUGGUGCGGCUGCCAAGCCGAAUAAGGAUGGAAAACAGCAACCGGAUUUUGAUAUAACUGUUGGCUUAUCCGAAUGGCCUCCAUGGUUUUGUAGUCUUUGCAAUACCAAUGCUACUAGUAAGCAGACUCUGCUUCUCCAUGCAGAAGGAAAGAAGCACAAAGCCAGAGCCCGAGCUUUCCAUGCUGCACAGCAGAAACUGAAGAAGACAGAAGAAUCUGCUCCAGAAACAAAGCCAUCAUCGGAAAACCCUCAAAAGGGUGAGUUGCUCGACAAGAAAGAUGUGGAAGAGCCUCAAGUGCCAGAUAUCAAUUUCAAAGCAAGCAAUGGAAGUUUACCAUCAAAUAAGAAGAGAAAAUCUGAUAAAACUGAUGAUGAUAAUAUGAAGAAAAAAAACAAGGACGAUGUGGUUGCUUUAGGCAAUGGGGAAGUGAUUCAGUGUGGAAAUAUAGAAGCAGGGAAAACAGGAAGUAACAUUAAGCAAGAUGAGGUGCAAGAAUCUUGCCCUGCUAGUGAAGAAACCUUGAACAAGAUUAAGUGGAAGAAAAUAAUUACAUCAGCUUUAAAAUCAAGUCCUGACGGGGUUAUAAAAAUGAAGAAAUUGAGAAAAACUGUUCUCAAGGCUCUUCAGGAAUCUGGCAUAACAGUAGAUGAAGAUCAAUUCAAAAAGACGAUUGAACACAAGAUCAAUUCAAGCUCUAGAUUUACUGUUGACAACAAGGAUGUCCGGCUGGUAGCAAAAGAUUAGAAGUACAAUCUUUAGAAAUAGAAGGAAUCCAUCCCUAAUAUUCUUUCAUCAGUACCUUUCCAUUCCCUUCUCCAUAUAGCUAUUUUGAAUUUAGCUGUGCGGGUCCUCAGAGGUUGAAUUUCAGGCACUAGGUAGAAUUUAUGUCAAUUAUCUCUCCCAUCGAGGAAAAUUUUGAUUAUCCUUUUUAAAGAAAUCAACUGUUACUAGUUUUUGUUUUGUUUUUUUUUACAAGCCAUUGUUACUACCUUCUAGGGAGUAAAAGACUAUUGUUGUGACAUUCGAUUCAAGGUAAAAUGAGCUGUGGGUUUUGCGUACAUUAUCCUGAACUGUCAGAUUUUGUGGUCAUAGAGCUGUUGUACGUCCACAAUCCAAGUGGAUUAUAUUUGCAAUUCAGGAGAGCAUCCUUUUCACUAAAUAAUUUACUAGCAUCAUGAUGGAACAUAAAGGAUGAUGGCGAUGACUUGUAGAUGUAGUUAUGUAUGUACAUAAUUCAAAAUGGAUUAUAUCUGCUA